GACAGGUUCACGGUCAACGCUUGUGAGCCAACAAGAAAUAAACAUAUCUGACACCAAUAUCAUAGUGAAAACUAUAAUGGACACAUUGAAGACGGACGACCCAGAGAUGACUUCAGCAGAAGAACAUCUGGAUAGGCUCCUGUCAGUUGAAGCCCUUCAAGGUGCAUCUGGCAACCUGAUCACAAAGGUCCAUGGUCUCAUUCAGGAGAUAACCAUAAACCGCCAGCUUCAAUCCAUGGUUGGCCACAGAAGCCUCUCUCAACCAGCGCUGCCUAAACCAGCCCUGAGGAAGCUGUCAAAGGACGAUGCCUCAGAGCUCAUUUACAACUUUGCCCAGACUUCUGUUAGGAGACUCCUGGGGCAGUGUAUGGGAAGGCCUAUGCCACCAUCGGCUGAAAUGGUUUUGGAUCAGGUCAUCAAGUUGAUGACAGACGUGGUGAUGGACAGCCUGACUUAUGUGUCCAAGUCUACAAUGGAGGAUGUUAUUGUACACAGGUCGGUCACACUAGCGUGCUCUUCUCACUCAGACACCAGCAAUGCCACAAGUGACAUCACUCAUGGUGUUGUAGCUGACCUUAAUGCUACUGAGGAAUUCCCUGCCAGGAGCCUUAGCCCGGCUGAUGUAAAGGCUGACGGCAUGGCCCGCCUUCCCUCUGCCAGAGGGGAAGAGACUAAGAAGAACAGGAAGUGGCGUUUCCUACCGAAAAUGCAUAAGUUUCCAAAGAUCAUGAUUAAGCUGUUCAAGACAAAAGGGGAACCGAAGAGCCACCCUAAACAGGAUGCACUGCCUACCAAACGUCUCAGAGAGACUCAUAUUUCACAGGAUGCUGAGUGUGAGGUUCCAGAGGUUCCAUCACUCCCCCCUCCCAAGGAGGACCUGACAACCACACCGGCCCCUGCUCCCCAGGAGUCCCAGUCCCGUAAACGCCCACUCAUAGUCAGGGUGUUACACGCUCUCUCCAGAGCCAUCUCCAAACCAUUCAGAGGAGCUUCUGGGAAGAAGAAUUAGCCAAAUGCCUGAUUUUAUUAAUAUGAUAUUUUAAUCAGAGCCUUUAUUUAAUAAAACAUUACUGCAUUGA